ACUUCGAAAUAAAUUGAGACUACCCAAAGGAUAAAAAUAAAAUUGAGACCCAAGGUUUUCAGUACUCGGAAAAUUUUAAAAAAAACUUCAAUUAUCAAUAUUCCCAGACACGGCAUUUAUAUAUCUAACUAUCGUUAUUCAUCUCGCAAUCAAUCAAACAAUUCCUUUUCCCCUUUCAGUCCCGAACCCUAAUUCUCCCAAACCCAAAUCAAAACCCUAGUAAUUCCUCCAUUAAUGGCGAGCGAUUCCCAUGAUUCUCAUCGCAAGCACAGUCGUUCUCCCUCCGAUGACGAUUCGCCGGAGAAAUCGAAGCGCCACAAGCACCGCCAUCACCGUCACCACCGCCGCCAUCGCCACCAUUACCGCCAUAGCAGCUCGAAGCAUGGAGAUGCGAAGAAAGAUGAAAUUGAGGUUGUGAAUAGAGAGGAAGUAGUGGAAGAGGUGACGAAACCAGCUCCUCUUGUUGAUUAUGAUGAUAUGGAGGAAGGUGAGAUUGUUGAUGAUGAAGGUGUUCUUGCUGCUGAAGUCGAUUCUUUCGAUAAGAAGGUCGGGUCCGAUGUCGAAUCAGGUGAAUUUAAGGCCGGUGAUGAUUCUUACAUGAUUGUUGGUACUGAUUUAGAAAAUCCUGAAAGCAAUCAUAAUGUGACGCGGAAUGAUAAAAGUGGGAAGUCUAAGAAGUAUUUGAAGUCUCCUAGAAGUGAUCGAAGUGGUAGUGAGAGCAAGGAAGACGGGAGUCACUCUCAUCAUGACGAAUUUCCUUUGUCAGAUAGGGUGGCUAAUGGUGAUCUUACUCGCAGGUCUAGAAAGGGAGAAUCUAGGUCACAUACAGGGCAUGAGUCUCCUUUACAAGAAAGAAGCAAGGAGAAGGACCGUAUUAGGACCAAAAGCAAACAUGCCUUUGAAUUAAUGGAGGUGGAUGAAGAUGAUCUUAGAAGUAGAAGAGAUUCAUUUUCUCAUAAGGUUAGGGAUGACCGCCACGAAGCAAGGUAUCUCUCCCCUUCUCAUGGAAGGUACCAUCUAGAGACUAGUGAUAGGAGCUGGUCUAAAUCUCCUGAUUGGAAGAAAGAAAGAGAGCGUUCACAGAGCAUUGCGCACGAGAGGUAUUCAAAAACAAGGCAUCGCAGUGAAAGGGAUGAAAAGCUGUAUGAUAAUGGCAAGGUUGGUUAUGAGGUGGAUGAUGAAAAGGAUAGUCGUGGAGGUAAAGAUUACAGAUCUAAUGGUGGAGAAAAGGUUAAGGAUAAAGGAGGAGAGAGAAGUUCUAGCUAUCACAGGUCUAGUUUGCAUGAAGGAAAGCAUGAAGAUGGUGAUUCUAAGCACAAUGAGACAGAGGAGAAGAUGUACCGGGAUAAGAAACGAAUGGAGCAAGAGCUAAUAAAAGAGAGGAGCGAAAGGGAGCGUGAUAGGAUCCGGAGCAGAGACCAUGAACGGGAGAAGGAUUUUGUGAGGGACAGGGGGAUUCAUAGAGAGGUAAAGAGUGAUAUUGACUGGAAUCGAGAUCGUGGUGGGAGCAGGGACAGGGACCAUGAAAGGGAUAGAGAAAGAGAAAGGAGAAGGGAGCAAGAUCGUGGAAGGAGUCGGGACAGGGAUCUUGGCAGGGAAAGGAGGAGAGAUGAUAGCACAUCCAUGUAUAAAGAUAGAGAUGCUGAGAGAGAACGGGAUAAGGUAAGGGACAGGUCUCAAAAGUCGGAGAUGGAUAGGGGAAGAGACAGAUAUAGUGGCAGCGAUAGACAUAGAGAUAAGGCUAGAGAUAACAAGGAUGAUAGGAGCAGUAGAUACCAUAAAUAUGAUGACCGUGAUGAUGUAUACAGUAAUCGAGAUAGGCGCAGUGAUUAUGAUGAAGCAGAAUAUUUCAAGGACCGAAAGACGAAGCAUGAUCCAUAUAAAGAUAAGGCCACUAAAGAUGAUUCUCUGAUGGAAAAUGAAGAUGCAUUGAAUGGUUUUCUUGUCAGGGAUGAUGAUGACAAGGAUAUGCUAGAGUUGAAGCCUGCAGAGCCUGAAGAGGAUGAUAUCGACAGAAUCAAGGAGGAGAGUAGAAGGCGAAGAGAAGCCAUUCUUCAGAAAUAUAAAGCUAAACAAUUUCAGCAGCAGCAGGCUGUGCCUGAAGUCUCCAAAGUAUCAGAUGAGGAGCUGACGAAGCAGCCUUCCCUAAAGUUGUCUUCUGCAAGUGCUGUUCAAAAAGAAAAUAAUGGUGCUAAGGGUGAUGCUAACAAGGAUUCUGUAGGUGAUACUUCCUUAAACUUGAGGAAAUCUGCUCCUGGAAAUGACUUAACGGCUGCUGAAAGGAAUACUGUUAUGCUGGGGGAGGGUUCUCCUAAGAGUGAAAGGUCAAAUGAUAUGUUCUGUGAUGAUAUAUUUGGAGAUUCUCCUGCUGGAGUUCGUAAAAUGGGUAAGGGAGAUGGUCUGCCUCUUGAAAGGAGUGGUCUUCAUGAUAAUUGGGAUGAUCCAGAGGGAUAUUACAGUUUUCGAUUUGGUGAAAUACUUGAUGGUCGCUAUGAAAUCACGGCAGCACAUGGUAAAGGUGUAUUUUCCACUGUUGUUCGUGCAAAGGAUCUUAAAGCUGGAAGUGGGGAUCCAGAGGAAGUGGCUAUCAAAAUAAUACGAAAUAAUGAAACUAUGUUAAAAGCAGGGACAGAAGAGCUGGUGAUUUUGAAGAAGCUAGUUGGCUCAGAUCCCGAUGAUCGCCGACAUUGUGUUCGUUAUCUUUCAAAUUUCAAGUACCGUAAUCAUCUCUGUAUAGUUUUUGAAUCACUUCAUAUGAAUCUGCGUGAGGUUCUAAAGAAGUUUGGUCGUAAUAUUGGCCUUAAGCUUACUGCUGUGAGAACCUAUGCGAAGCAAUUGUUUAUCGCGUUGAAGCAUCUCAGAAAUUGCGGAGUUCUACAUUGUGACAUAAAACCAGAUAAUAUGCUGGUCAAUGAAUCUAAAAAUGUGCUGAAGCUUUGUGAUUUUGGAAAUGCAAUGUUCGCUGGUAAAAAUGAAAUCACGCCGUACCUUGUGAGCCGUUUUUACCGUGCACCUGAGAUUAUUCUCGGCUUGCCCUAUGACCACCCCAUGGACAUUUGGUCAGUUGGUUGCUGUUUAUAUGAGUUGUAUACUGGAAAGGUUCUCUUUCCAGGCCCCUCAAACAAUGAUAUGCUUCGUCUUCAUAUGGAAUUGAAGGGUCCUUUCCCGAAGAAGAUGCUUCGCAAGGGAGCUUUCAUUGAGCAACAUUUUGACCAGGAUUUAAAUUUUCUUGCGUUAGAUGAAGAUCCUGUCACUAAGAAGACUCUUAGGAAGCUGAUUGUUAAUAUUAAGCCAAAAGAUGUUGGUAACAUCAUUAGGGGUUCUUCUGGUGAAGAUCCAAAAAUGUUAGCCAACUUCAAGGAUCUGCUGGAAAAAAUAUUUGUCCUAGAUCCAGAUAAAAGGCUAACUGUUUCACAAGCUUUGAAUCACCCAUUUAUUACGGGCAAGUGAAUUCAGAUGCUGAUUUUCUGACUCCACAAAUGCAGUAGCACUAGAUUUUUGUAUAUUACGGUGUUAGUUUAUAUCAGACUCUAAUCAUUGGGAAUUUACUGUCUAUCUUUUCUGCACUACUGUGGGCCUGAUUGGUGGAGAUUGCUUCUGGCGUCAUUCAAGUUGGACUCAGAAGGCUGAUAUCUUUUGGGAGGUCACUUACUGGCAGUUCUCAAUGGAAUGUGUUCUGUUUCUAUUGUAAGACAACUCGCCAAAGGCGUUUUUUUCUUUUAUUGUAAUCAUUUUGAUAAUUUAUUGUGCAAUAGUACAUUACAUUUAUUACA